AUGGCCAAAUCUAUGAGUCUCCUGUUGGGGGAUGGAUCCCCUCCCUGCCAGCAAGUUAUGAUCGCUCUGGAGGAAAAGAAGCUGCAGGGUUACAAACACAAGGUGCUGUCCUUUGAGAAAGGAGAGCACACAUUUCAGGAAGUCUUGGAAAUCAACCCAAGAGGACAUCUCCCUGCCUUCAAACAUGGAGACAACAUAGUGAAUGAGUCCAGUGCUGCAUGUUUAUACCUGGAGCCUGGAGUGGAUUUCGACCAGCUGCAGGAGAACCUGUGUCAGAUGGAGCGGCGUUGCAAAGCUUCAUGGGAUCAUCUAAAGGUGAUCGCCAAGCAUGAGAUGAAGCCCCAGCUGAAACAGAAGAUGUCUGACUUCCUCAAAGACUGCAUCUGCUGGCUAUUGGUUGGACGCUACCCCAAACUGGCCAGAUACUACAGCCUGUUGAAGGACAGACCCAGCAUCAAGUCAGCUGGCCGCCACACUCACUGCCCGGCCCACAGAAUUAUGAUGUCCUGA